GACCUCGAUCCGACUCCGGGGGGGUCGGCCAUCUGCUUUAGCCGCAGCCAGAGCCACGUCAUAUUUGUGUGCCGCUGUCGAGCGAGCUGCGCGAGCUGGCUCUCUAUCCCACUCUCGCGGGUUUUUUUUUUACGUAAAAUCACAUCCCCGCGACCACCGCAGGCAUGAAUAUAUUUCGACUACUGGGCGACCUGUCGCACCUUUUAGCCAUUAUCGUACUACUCCUCAAGAUAUGGAAGACACGGAGCUGCGCCGGUAUCAGCGGCAAGUCGCAGAUCCUCUUCGCAAUUGUUUACACCAGCCGUUACCUAGACCUGUUCACCACAUUCAUCUCUGCGUAUAAUACGUUCAUGAAAAUUGUAUUUAUUGCCACGUCCCUCGCCACGGUCUUUUUGAUGUACGUCAAAUUCAAAGCCACAUACGAUCAUAAUCACGACACGUUCAGGAUCGAGUUCCUGAUCCUACCUGCGUUCGUCCUGGCGCUGCUGAUCAAUCACGAAUUGUCUUUCGUUGAGGUUCUGUGGACAUUCAGCAUUUAUCUCGAGUCAGUGGCGAUAUUGCCGCAGUUGUUCCUGGUGUCGAAGACUGGCGAGGCGGAAAGCAUCACCAGCCACUAUCUGUUUGCACUGGGAUCGUACAGGGGCCUGUACCUGUUCAACUGGGUCUACCGCUACUACGCCGAGGAUCACUACGAUCUGAUCGCCAUAGUCGCCGGACUGGUGCAAACUGUUCUCUAUUGUGACUUUUUCUACCUCUACAUUACCAAAGUACUCAAAGGCAAAAAGCUGCAACUACCUGCUUAGCUUCGGUUGAGAGUAUUAUCCUCCUGUAUCGCAGAGAGAAAUGUUCGAACUGCCUCCAAGGCAUCGCCAAUUCGGGAAAAAUUCGGGCAAUCCUCCUGGGAGGCUCGUGGAACUUGCGCAGUGGCGUACGCGUUCCACUAAGUACGAAAACGUCCCCGAUAGCAUCCCCCUUUCUCCAAAAAAACUUUCUUCCUUCCCUCGUUCCAUCGUCCCUGCGAUGCCAUGCGCCGCGGUCUCCCUUCCAGAAUGAGAAAAUCGCUCUAAAUUCCGCUUUUAUUAUAUUUUUUUUUCUUGUUGUAUACUUGCAUUUUAAGAACUGUACAUUACUACAAGAGAUCAAGACAAUUUAUAUAUAUAUAUAUUCUGAAAUUUGAAAAACCCGAAAAGAUGGGGAUGAAGAAGAAAGAGGACAUAGAAAUCAGAAUUUUCAUUUAUAUUUACAGUUUAUAUCGUUGUAACUGUAAUCAGUAAUAAAUAUAGUAAAUAAUUA